CCAAAAAGACUUGCCUUCUUUAUUUCGUCGCCCCCCUCUCCUCCCUCUAUAUCCCUCUCUUCUGUACACUUAACCUAUGCACGUGUUAUGUCUUACUUGGGCCGUCGCACAAGGCUCUUAACCAUCACUUUUUCCUAAAAAAUCAAACUUCCAAUUUGUCAAAAUUGGCGUCUGGUAACUUAUGCAUAUACACGCUUGACAUUGCAAUUGGUGUUACCUCACAGAUUCAAAACCAGCUGUCAUGGCAACACAGGUGAAGCUCUUGGGAUUCUGGGUCAGCCCUUUUGUGUUUAGAGUAAUAUGGGCGUUGAAGCUGAAGGGCGUUGAUUAUGAGUACCUCGAAGAAGAUGUCUUCAACAAGAGCGCCAGGCUACAGGAACUCAACCCAGUUCAUAAGAAGGUUCCUGUUCUUCUUCAUGAUAACAAAGUGAUCUGUGAGUCUUUUGUUAUUCUCGAGUAUGUCGAUGAGACAUGGGAACAAAAUCCAUUGCUGCCUAAAGACCCUUAUGAAAGAGCCCUUGCACGGUUCUGGGCUAAAUUCGCUGAAGAGAAGCUUAUCGAUGCUGCAUGGACUGCCAUGUGGUCGAAAGGAGAGAUGAAAGAGAAGGCAAUGAAAGAGUCAAUAGAAGCAUUGGAGAAGAUAGAGGGAGAGGUGAAAGAGAAGAAGCUUUUUGAAGGAGAGGGCAUUGGGUAUUUGGACUUGGCAAUUGGAUGGAUUGCUUACUGGCUACCCGUCUGGGAAGAAGUUGGGGCUGUGCAGAUUCUGAGUCCAGAUAAAUUCCCGGCUGUUACAGCUUGGAUGGCCAAAAUUCUCAGCCAUCCAGUCAUCAAAGACAACCUUCCACCCAGAGACAAGUUGCAUGUUUACUUCGAAGGGCGCAGGGAUGCCAUGUAUAACCACUUCAAUCCGAAGCCAGAGGAUAAUUAAUGUUCAAAUAAAGCUUUUUCUUGAGGGGAAGCUUCAAAAAAAAAACUAUUUUGAGUAAAUAACUAAUAGGGGCGUUUGGUUUGA